CCCACGCUCGCGCCCAGGGAGUGGGCGUGGCGUUCACUGACGAACCCUGCCUAGCCUAGGCCGGCCCCUCCAGUUGGGAGCUUCCUUCCUCGGGGCGCAGGGGGACUGUACGAAUCAGGCAGGCAGUAGGCGGUACGCGCUGCACGGGCGUCUGCUUUGUCCUGAUCCCGGGAACAGUCGCCGCGACAUCUAGACGAGCCCGGCCCGGCCCGGCCACUUGGCGCGCUCCGCCUUAAGAAGCGAGUCCAGGAAAAAGCCUGCCUUUGAAGCCCCUCGGUCGGGCCCGGUAGGAGCGAAGCGAGCGGCGGUGGCAAGCCUUGCCAGGAGCGGUGAUGAUUUCGAGCAUUCUUCUUGCGGCAGCUUGUGCCAUCCUGGUGAAUGGAGAGGGGACUGACUUACUCCAGAAUGAAACUCCCAGGAGAGAAAACAGAGACAACUUGACAAAUCUCCAUCUCCACCCAUCCUCAAAAGCUUUGGAACAUAUAGGACAGAGAGACGUUUCGUUAUCCAAAGGAGAUACCUUUAGUGAUCUCCCUCAAGUUGCUUUCAUGUCCAAGCCGCAAGAAUCUGUGACUCCAAAUAACGGAGGGAAGAAAAGGAGAAAAGGAAAGCGAAAGAAAAGAGAUCCCUGCUUGGGGAAAUACAAGGAUUAUUGUAUUCAUGGAAAAUGCAAAUAUAUUAAGGAACUUAAAUCUCCAUCUUGUAUAUGCCAAGAAGACUACCACGGGGAGAGGUGCCAUGCUCUUAGCCUUCCAGUGGAAAACCGCUUUUAUGGUUAUGAUCGUACAACUAUCCUGGCAGUUACAGCAGUGAUUCUGUCAUCCCUGUGUCUUAUCAUCAUUGCAGUAUUAUUGAUGCUGAGAUGUCACAAACAAGGAGUAUAUGAUGUAGAGAAUGAAGAGAAGGUUAAGUUGGGUAUCACUGUCAAUCAAUGAACUGUCCAAGAACUACAAGGUUUAAGCAGUGAAACAAGUUCUACAUUCACAAUUGAAUGGAUAAUACCCUUUCUAGGACCUGCUUAAAGAGGAACUUAUACAAAUGAGAACAACUUUGUUUUCAAGGAGAUAAUGCUUUGUUAAAGAAGCAAAUCAUAUCUCCAAAUUGAAAGAAUUCUCUGUGAGAGAACCACAUUUAUUCGCAGAGGACUUGUUCACAAUGUGGAGCUACACCCAAGAAGAUUUGAAAUUUGUCUUCUUACAAGUGGAAAAUGACUUUGGCAUGAACCAAGCAAACAAUGAACCAGGCAACUGGAUUCUUUACAAAACUGUUACUGAAUACUGCUCUGAAAAACUGUGAAAAACUCUCCUGAAGAGAUCUAGUUUUUGAACUUUAUUUAAUCUGAAAAAUAUUUAACAAGAUGCUUCAUUUUAAGUUAUAUAUUUAUUUUAGAUACAAUAUACAUGUUAUUUAUUUAAGGCUUAAUCCUGUAGUCCUGAAAUCAACAGGACAGACAGGAGUAUUGUGCGGUGUACCACUCUAAUAAAUAACCUUUCUUA